AUGCUUUUCCCUUGGUCCAGGAGUGACAUGAUCCUCUGUGUUCAGGGACCUCAUCCUUUGCUGGCGGAGGAGAAGAUCAGGAGACUGUCACUCAGGGGCAUUGCAGUAGAUCUGCCGGAGCCGAUCAUGCAGCCUCUCCCAGUCAUGGCCUUCCAGGAGGAGUCUGCGCCUGCCUUUGCGGCGCCAGUUCCAGACAGCAACCCACCUCCAACACGAGACCCCGAAGAAGACCUUCUCUGCAUUGCAAAAACCUUCUCCUAUCUGCGAGAAUCUGGUUGGUACUGGGGAUCUAUCACUGCCAGUGAGGCCAAGCAGCAUCUCCAAAAGAUGCCUGAGGGCACCUUCCUGGUACGAGACAGCACCCACCCCAGCUACCUGUUCACACUCUCUGUCAAGACAAAUCGAGGUCCCACCAAUGUGCGAAUCGAAUACACCGACAGCAAGUUCCGGCUGGACUCAAACUACUUGUCCAAACCUCGUAUCCUGGCCUUCCCAGAUGUGGUCAGUCUUAUCCAGCAUUACGUCAUGUCCUGCACAACAGAAAGCAAGAACGAGGCUCCUUACCCGCCUCCGUCUCCUCUACCUCCCAUGCAAAAAGAGAUGGCAGCAGCUGCCGUACACUUGAAACUCAUCCGGCCGCUCAGCCGCAAAGACAACAUCCCCAGCCUACAGCACCUCUGCCGGCUGCGGAUUAACAAGUCUACAGCCGAUGUGGACCAGCUCCCUCUACCUAGGAGGAUGGGGGACUAUUUGAAGCAAUACCCUUUCCAACUCUGA